AGAGAGAAAACUAGGGCACUAUUAUCUGGCCUCUUUUUCCAGGCAGAAGCAGAGGUUUGUGGACAGCGAGCUGAAGUGAAGAGACAGAGUGUUUCUGGAUGAUUUUCCUAUUUCCCUUCGUGCAUUGAGAAGUAAUCUAAACAAAAGCGAAAGUUCAAGGGUUCAAGGACACCUUCAAAACUCGUAGCUCGCUUAUCUCCAACGGCCACCAUGCUGGAGGACAAGAAGACCAAGAUGAAGAUCACCUUCCUGGUUAUUCUGGUGGGCAUCUCGUCCAUGUUGGUGGCGGUGGUGACGGACCACUGGGCGGUGCUGAGUCCUAGGGUGGAGCGCCUCAACACCACCUGUGAAGCGGCCCACUUCGGGCUCUGGAGGCUGUGUAAGAAGAGCAUCUUCAUUGUGGAGGAAGACCCUCAGGGCAAAGGCUGUGGCCCUAUCAGCCUGCCAGGAGUGAAGAACUGCUCCUACUUCAAACACUUCACAUCAGGGGAGGAGGCCGAAGUUUUUGAAGUAAAGACUCAGAAAGAGUACAACAUCUCAGCUGCUGCUAUAGCCAUCUUCAGUCUGGCCUUCAUGACUCUGGGCAGUCUCUGCCUCCUGGGGGCUUUUGGGAAGAGCAGAGACUACCUGCUGAGACCAGCUGGUAUGUUCUUCGCUUUUGCAGGCCUGUGCAUCGUCAUCUCUGUGGAGGUCAUGAGGCAGUCAGUCAAGCGCAUGGUUGACAGCGACGAGACCAUAUGGAUCGAGUACUACUAUUCUUGGUCGUUCACCUGCGCCUGCGCAGCCUUCACUCUUCUCUUCCUGAGCGGUCUCUGCCUGCUCAUCAUCUCCAUGCCGCACAUGCCCAGAAACCCCUGGGAGACCUGCAUGGAUGCCGAGCCGGAGCCCAUAGACUAGUACACUGCGAAUGGAGACGAGGUGCAUUGAUAGAUGAUGACGAUUGUAGAGAUGCAUUGAUACUUUUAAUUCACUUAAGCAUUGACAAUGACGUCUAAGUACUUAAGUUACAUGUAAAAUAUCUAUAACAGCACUUUUAUAUGUUUUGCAGUAUUGUGCUUUUGUGCUUACGAAUAAUAGAUGACGGCUUAGAAUGUACAUUUAGAGAUGUUAUAAUAUAAAAUAUACAGUGUGUUAUUUCUGAAAAAGUAAUGCUAGAGCACAUUUUUUAUUUUUUUGAACACUGUGUGGGUAAAUCUCGCUGUUUCGAACAUGUAUGAUUUAUACUUCUCCCUAAAUAAGCUUUUUUUAAAGACCAUUAAAAUUGUCGCAUUAUUUUAUUGAUAAUUUAUCAACAAUAAAUAUAUGAUAUUUAAGAUAUUUAAGUUAUUCCCCAAUUGUCAAUAGCCCACUGUUAUGGGAAAAAAUAUAUUAGUUCAAAUGUAAAGUACAUGACCCACACAUUUCGUUAUAAUGAGAUGGACAUUAUUUUCUAUUUGACAGUUAAACACCUUCCAGUUUCAGCAAAUAUAGACUGGACUAUGAACUAAGGUGAAACUAACAGUAUUAGUAGUACCGAUUUAUACUUUUAAGGUAUUUUAAACCAUGUAAUCUGAAUGGUUUCAAUGAUUUACCUCUACAUUUAUAAAACAGUUAAAGACCCUCUACGAAUAAUUUCCUCCUUACAGGGAACAGGACUUUGGACAUUUUCUUUGUCUUUCCUUUUUUUAAAGCCAACGCCCUUUCAUUUACAUCACAGCCCGACUAAAUCAUGAUUUGCCACCAAACCAGUCAGAGGCAAAUUAUUUAUUGAAAAAGAUAUGAAAAUAUUCAACAUUUUAUUGAAAUAUUUAUUUCUUACUGUUUAGGGGGAGGAGAUUGCUAUUGCUAUGUAAUCAAUGUAUUGUACAGAAUACUUGUAGCAUUCCUGCAAAGAUUAAUAUGUAGAUUUUGUCCUAUUUAAAUGCAUAUACAGUAUUUGCUAAUAGUUUAUAUCAUAAUUUUAACAGUGCUCUUACAUAUAAAGCAGCUUCAAAAUGGUUUUGCUAUUUGUUUAUACUGUAGAAUUUUUACUCUUUGUUGUUUUGCCCUGUGCACCAGGACAUGUUUAAUGCUUUUAUGUUGUUCCAUAUAUUUUGAACAAGAUCAAAGAGUUUAGUGUUGAAUCUACUGCAGAAUGUUUUGCCAAAAACUAAGAAUGAGAAAUAAGAGGUCAUUAUUCAAACAAUUGUAAAGUUCAACAUUGCGACGGAUGAAUGUUGCGGUUGUGUAUAGAUGAAGCUGUGUUCACAUGAGAAUGGUGAUGUAAAUAAAUUGCAGUGUUACAGUUUAAACAAUCACCAACAUCUCAUCAGAUAGGCUACUCCUCACGGGGGCUUAACUCAUUUACAAAGAAAUGAAGCAAUCGCAUCUCACCCUGUUCACAAAACAAAAACAUGCUCAGGCUUGUAAAAACUACAUUUCUUGGAUUCUUUGGAUUUUUCAUCCAUGUGUUUUGUGCAAAUCAAAUACCUGCAAAUUCAUCUGCUUUGUUAAAGUCCCCGUGAACCAGAAGUUGCAAUCGUUUUUACUUCCGUAUUUUGACGCAUUUACGAGUGAAAAGGAAUUUCAAAGCAGAAAAUUAGUGGGCGUGGCUUUUGCUUUUUACUGCGAAUUGAUUGGAUGUAUAAAAACAAGUGUUGCAUUUUGAAAUGAAACUAGCAGCAGACUGACAGUUGAUAGGGGAGGAGUUAACAGAUGCUCCGCCCAAGCCGUCUAAUUUACGUCAUUUGAGAUGGAUUGUCAUUUCAGGGCGGAAGUGUAUUUUCAGAUUUUAACUGAAGAUUAUGAGGGCAUAUGAAUUUUAAAAAGAAAAUGACCCACAUUGAUAAGGUAUUUACUGUAAACGCUGCAAUAUUUCAUGAAAAAAUAAGAAUUGUCAUUUUUAAUUUCACUGGGACUUUAAAGCCACUUUUUACAUGUCUUUGUAAACCUACAAAAUAUUGGUAUGGCUCAUUUGAUGGAAAUAAAACAUUCUAGG